AUGAUUGAAGAUAUCGAAGGAAUAGCAAGUGUUUAUUGCAAAGAAAAUUAUCAAAUUUCUCAAAAUGAUCUCGAUCUUUGCGAUUGCCGAAACUCAAAUGUCACUAGAUCUGUUUAUAAUAUCCAGGAUAUGCCGGAUGUAGGUUCAGCAGCUGCACUGGCUGAUGAACUGCGUAAAUUGCAUGCAUCCAUCUUUCAAUUCAUUGAUCAUCUUCCAUUACUCGGCUUCAGCUUGAAAAUCAACAUGAGUCAAUUGGCAGUUGGUCUGCAAGCGGCCUCUGAUAAACUAACUAGUGUUUCCGAUGAAGAUCCAAGGAAAUUAUUAGCUUUCAGCGAUAUGGAUCAGUUACAGAUACUAAUGAAUAUAACCGCAUCUGGUCUACAAAGCGAAUCAUUAGUUUGUUGUCAAACUGGGGAAUUAGCAAACAAUGCAGUAUGCCCAGAUUCGUUGGGUAAUGAAAAUGUUGACGAAAAAUUUGUGCUUACGAUUUUUUGUAAAUAA